AUGCUCCAAGAAAGGUUGCGCGUUCUCGUCGUCGGUAAUGGCGGUCGUGAACAUGCUUUCGCUUGGAAAUUGAGCCAGUCGCCUUCUGUGGACGUCGUCUACGUUGCACCUGGAAACGGUGGCACCGGUUUAGGCGCAUCGUCAAAGAUUGUCAAUGUCGCAGUAAAGUCGGAUGACUACCCCGGCCUUGUCGCCCACGCUCAGAAAAACAAUAUCAACCUGGUCGUUCCUGGACCCGAGGCACCUUUGGUUGAUGGUAUUCAGGGAUACUUCCAAGCCGUUGGCAUCAGAUGUUUCGGCCCUACCAAGGCUGCAGCCCGGAUGGAAGGAUCCAAAGCAUUCAGUAAAGACUUUAUGAAACGACACAAUAUUCCCACGGCCGCAUACGAGAACUUUACCGACUACGAAGCCGCACGCAGAUACCUCGAUUCCGUGACCCACAAUGUUGUCAUCAAGGCAAGUGGAUUAGCAGCAGGAAAAGGUGUGAUUAUACCCACUACAAAGCAGGAGGCACACUCAGCUCUUCGUGAGAUUAUGCUGGAUCGUCAGUUCGGAGCUGCCGGAGAUGAGGUUGUCAUUGAGGAGUUCCUUGAGGGAGACGAACUUAGUAUCCUCACUUUCAGUGACGGUUAUUCUAUCAAGUCCCUUCCACCAGCACAAGACCAUAAGCGUGUUUUUGAUGGUGAUCAAGGUCCAAAUACUGGUGGCAUGGGUUGUUAUGCGCCAACGCGUAUUGCCUCCAAGGAUGUUUUGGAGAAAAUUGAUCGGGACAUUGUUCAGCCAUCGAUCAACGGAAUGAGAAGAGAAGGAUUUCCAUUUGUCGGUAUACUUUUCACAGGAUUAAUGAUGACCAAGAACGGCCCUAAGGUCCUCGAGUAUAAUGUUCGCGGAGGCGACCCUGAAACACAAACCCUACUUCCUCUUUUGAGCAAGGAUACCGAUCUGGCAGAGGUCAUGGUCGCAUGCACAGAACACUGGUUGGACGGUGUAUCGAUUGCCAUCGAACCCAACUUCUCUGCAACCGUCAUUGGCGUGGCAGGAGGUUACCCCGGCUCAUACGCAAAGGGUACUCCAAUCACGUUAGAUGCCACGCCAGAAGAUACCUUGAUAUUCCACGCUGGAACAUCUCUCGUCGACAAUGUCCUUCAAACCGCUGGUGGCCGUGUCAUCGCCGCCACAUCUAUUGCAUCCACAUUAGAAGAGGCAGUUCGACGAAGCUACGUCGGUAUCUCCACCAUUCACUUCGACGGUAUGCACUACCGCAAGGAUAUUGCCCACCGCGCAUUCCGUGACUCCUCAAAGAAGACCGAAGAGGGUUUCACAUAUGCCAGUGCUGGAGUUUCUAUUGACGCCGGUAACGACCUCGUCAACAAGAUCAAGGCAUCUGUUGCGCGCACUCGUCGACCGGGUACUGACGCAGUCAUUGGUGGAUUCGGUGGUAUUUUCUCUCUAGCAGCAGCUAAUCCCUCCUACCACCCAGAGUCACCGACGAUAAUCGGUGCUAUCGAUGGCGUGGGCACCAAGCUCAAGAUCGCACACGCCGUUGGUAUCCACGACACAGUCGGAAUUGACCUAGUCGCCAUGAAUGUCAACGACCUUGUCGUCCAGGGCGCCGAGCCUCUUUUCUUCUUGGACUGCUACUCAUGUGGCCACCUCGACGUCCAGACAGCCGCAGCUUUCGUCACCGGUGUCGCAGAAGGAUGCUACCAAGCCGGCUGCGCACUCAUCGGUGGAGAAACCGCCGAAAUGCCCGGCCUCUUCCUCGACGACGCCUACGAUGCAGUCGGCGCCGCCAUCGGAGCCAUCAACACCAACGGGCCCAACGCGCGCACCCUUCUCCCAGACACCUCUUCCAUGAAACCAGGCGACACCCUCCUUGCCCUUGCCUCCGCUGGCGUGCACUCCAACGGCUUCUCCCUCGUCCGCAAAAUCGUCGACCAUUCUGGUCUAACCUACAACGACAAAAUACCCUUCACCUUCUCCGCCCCCGCUUCUUCAUCUCUAUCCACAAAACCCCAAACUCUAGGCACAGCCCUCCUCACCCCAACCAGAAUCUACGUCAAACCCCUCCUCAAAGCCCUCAACAUCCCUUCAUCGCAACACACCACAUCCACAGCCGCCAUCAAGGGAAUGGCACACAUCACCGGCGGCGGCUUGAUUGAAAACGUCCCUCGUAUGCUCCCGCCCACGCUCAGCGCACAUAUCGACGUACGAGCCUGGACUUUACCACCCGUUUUCCAAUGGCUUAAACAAACCGGAAACGUGUCCAGCCACGAAAUGUCGCGCGCUUUCAAUUGUGGUGUUGGCAUGAUUCUCGUCGUGGACAGUGACUGCGUUGAUGCCGUUAAGCAAUCGCUAGAACAGGAUGGGGAGACGGUUUAUACGAUUGGUGAGUUGAAGGUUAGGGGAGGUGAGAAUGAUGAGGGUUGUGUUUUGUCUGGGUUGGAUACUUGGGAUAACUAA